UUUAAUUUAUUACUGCAAAAUUUUGAAUUUUUUUUGAUAUUGACGUGUUAGUGGUACGCCAGCCAGCCUCCAACUCCAAGUUGUUCCUUUGCAGUAUAAUUCAAUAAAGUUGUUUGGUGAGGCGUCUUCACGUAUUGCUUGCUUUAACUUAUGAUCAUCAUACGAAAUGGAUAAACUUGUGCAACUCAACUUAGGACGACAAGUUCUUCUGGCAUUGAGAGAACAGAUUUUGAUAUAGUUUGGUGAAAGAAAGAUUUACAAUGCCAAGUUUUCAACAGUUCAAGUCUUUUUAUGUGUGAGAAUACUAAACGGGUUUUCGGUUUUUCAACAUUACAAAUUAACUGAAAACAAAGAGCUUCUUUGAGGAUUUCUUGAGAAAUGGGUCCAAGAAUUCUUGUAUUUCUGGUUGUUGCUUUAAGUCAAGGAUGUACCAUACCAGCUAUGACUGAUGAGGCUGACUUUACUGCACUGAAAGCUCUCAAGGAUAUCUGGAAAAAUGUACCACCUACUUGGGUGGGCGCUGAUCCCUGCGGAAGUCGGUGGGAAGGCAUUUUGUGCGCCAACUCACGUGUGACUUCCAUAACAUUGGCAAGCAUGGGAUUGAAAGGUUCACUAUCUGGAGAUAUCCAAUCCUUGUCAGAAUUGCAGAUUCUGGAUUUAUCCUACAACAAGGGCUUGAGCGGCCCUCUUCCUUCAGCAAUUGGGGAUUUGAAGAAGCUAACAAACUUAAUACUGGUUGGUUGUAGUUUCUGGGGUCCGAUCCCUGAUUCAAUAGGAUCUUUGCCACUACUUGCCUCUCUAUCUCUGAAUUCGAAUGGCUUCACUGGAUCUAUUCCCUCUUCAAUUGGGAAUCUAACUAGCCUUUAUUGGCUAGAUCUUGCUGAUAACAGGCUUACUGGGACCAUCCCUGUCUCCACAGCGACUACACCUGGUCUUGACCUGCUAGUUCAUACAAAACACUUUCAUCUUGGAUUGAAUCAGCUCUCAGGGACAAUCCCUCCUAAGCUUUUUAGCUCAGAGAUGAAACUCAUACAUGUACUUUUUGAAAGCAACAAGCUGACAGGCAGCAUUCCUUCCACCCUUGGCCUUGUGAAGACUUUGGAGGUUGUGCGCCUUGAUAAUAACUCGUUCAGAGGACCUGUCCCGUCAAACAUCAAUAGUCUUACCAGUGUCAGUACGAUGUUUUUAUCCAACAAUGAUUUAACUGGGCCACUUCCCAACCUUACUGGCAUGAAUGCUCUCACCUAUUUGGACAUGAGAAACAAUAGUUUCGAUGAUACAGAAUUUCCUCCAUGGCUUUCAACCUUGCAGUCUUUGAAAACAUUACUUGCAGACAACCCAAUAUGUCAGGAAACAGCAGUGACAAAAAGUUACUGCACCGUCUCCCAACCCAAUUCUUCCUACGCGACGCCUCCAAAUAACUGUGUGCCUGCAUCCUGCUUUCCUAAACAGCAUUCCAGUCCCAACUGUAAAUGUGCAUUUCCAUACACAGGACUUCUAGGGUUCAGAGCUCCUUCAUUCUCAGACCUUGGAAACAUCACUUACUUCAGUGUUCUCGAAAAAUCUUUGAUGAAUUCAUUCAAGUCCCAUCAAUUUCCUGUGGAUUCAGUUCAUCUAAGUCAACCAAGAAAAGAUCUAUCUCAGUACCUUGAUUUGAAUCUGCAAGUGUUUCCAUUUGGCCAAGAUCGUUUCAAUAGAACAGCAAUUUUAAGUAUUGGUUUUAUGCUAAGCAACCAGACUUUCAAGCCUCCAGCGCAGUUCGGACCUUUCUUUUUUAUUGGUGAUACGUAUCUGCAUUUCACAGGAGAAGUCAGAGGAUCAAAAAAGUCAUCAAGCACAGGUGCUAUCAUCGGAGCUGCGGCUGGUGGCUCUGUCCUUCUGUUGCUAUUGCUUGGUGCUGGGCUUUAUGCUUUUGGUCAAAAAAUGAAAGCAGAAAAAGCAAUUCAACAAAACAAUCCUUUUGCACACUGGGAAUCAAACAAUGGUGUUGGAGGUGUUCCUCAGUUAAAAGGAGCCAGAUGCUUCUCUUUUGAAGAGAUCAAAAAAUACACCAACAACUUCUCAGAAACCAAUGACAUUGGUUCUGGGGAGUAUGGAAAGGUUUAUAGAGGAGUUCUUCCUACUGGAGAACUAAUUACCAUCAAACGAGCUCUGCGAGAAUGGAUGCAGCCUGGGCUGGAAUUCAAGACUGAGAUUGAACUUUUAUCCAGAGUCCACCACAGAAACGUUGUAAGCCUUGUAGGCUUUUGCCUUGAAAGAGGUGAACAAAUGCUCAUAUACAAGUUUGUGUCAAAUGGAAGUCUCAUGGAAAGCCUAUCAGCAGGGAAGACAGGAAUCAGGCUUGAUUGGAUGAGGAGACUCAAAGUGGCCCUUGGUGCAGCAAGAGGCUUGGCCUAUCUGCACGAACUUGCCAACCCUCCCAUUAUCCAUAGGCACAUAAAAUCAACCAACAUAUUAUUAGAUGAAAGCUUAAAUGCAAAAGUUGCCGAUUUUGGCCUCUCCAAGCUUAUGGGAGACAGUGAAAAGGGUCGUGUUACCACUCAGGGUUAUUUGGAUCCAGAAUACUACAUGACCCUGCAGCUAACAGAGAAGAGUGAUGUUUAUAGCUUUGGAGUUGUAAUGCUGGAACUAUUAACCGGAAGAAGGCCAGUAGAACGAGGAAAGUACGUUGUGAGAGAGGUAAAGAUGGCAUUGGAUAGAGCAAAAGAUUUAUAUAACCUCCGCGAACUUCUCGACCCAAGCAUUGGUUUGGACACAACAUUAAAAGGUCUAGAUAAGUUUGUGGAUGUUGCCCUAAAAUGUGUACAAGAGAAUGGAAGUGACAGGCCAACAAUGGGUGAAGUGGUGAACGAGAUAGAGAAUAUCUUGCAGCUUGCUGGUCUGAACCCCAACGCGGAUUCAGCAUCGACGUCGGCAAGUUAUGACGAUGUAAGCAAGGGAAGUGCUAAACAUCCAUACAAGAAUAGCAAGGAUUCCUUUGAAUACAGUGAGGGCUUUCCAGAUCCGAAGGUAGAGCCACUGUGAGCUCAAACUUGCAGAAACUGUACUUUCUCUAGAAACCAAAUAUACAGUACUUGUAAUGACCUUCCUUUAUUGAGCUGUUCUCUGCAAUGGAAGUACCACCCAUCACACAUGACAGCUGAUAUUGCAUUUCUCACAAAAUUGGAGCAUCAACAUAUCUAUUUGGAUUGCAUGGGGGCUCUAAAUCGCAGUGGGGCAUGCAAGAAUGGAUGGUUCACAGGCUCUUGUAGUUUACCAACACUCCAAUGGCACCCUGAAUUUUGUUUCUGGGUCAGCGACUUCAACUGGAGGAAACAACCCAAGGGAAACGUAAGUGGAUAUGGUCAAUUAAUUAUGUAGCAUUUAUAGCUAUAUGAUGCUUGCCUAGAAUAAUUCUGUAUAAUGUUAUUAACUCAAUAAAGAUACAACAAUUCUUAUUUCUAA